AAACAGUGCUUCCGAAUCAAGCUUGCUUCGGAAUCCCGAACCUAAAUAAAACACAUGACCGUUACACCGAUCCUAAUUUAAAUACCACAUCAUCACUCUCCUCUCUCUCCCCAAAAAUCUCGCAAACUCUCUCUUUCUCUCUGUUUCUUCUUCUUCAAUGGCGACGAAACUCAUACUCAAGAAAACGACAAAAUCAAUCAACCGUCACCAACGUAACUACCUCCGCCGUCACCGGAAAACUCAGAUCGGAUGCUCACCGUCUCCGGUGACAACCACCGUCAUCGCCACCAUCAACAAAUCGAUCUACAGAUGUCACCGAAGCUUUCUCUGUUUAUUUUCUCUUCCUCGAACCAAAGGAUUCAAAAUCCUCAAACCUCACGAAGAUUUUCAAAAUUCUCCGUAUUCAUUGUUUCACGAAAGAUCUGAUAAAUCAUUCGACGAGACGAAGAAGACGAUCGUGUUAGAUCUAGACGAAACUCUUGUUCAUUCAUCAAUGGAGAAACCAGAAGUUCCUUACGAUUUCGUUGUGAAUCCCAAAAUCGACGGUCAGAUCUUAACGUUUUUCGUGAUCAAACGGCCAGGAGUCGACGAGUUUUUGAAGAAGAUCGGAGAAAAGUAUCAGAUCGUUGUUUUCACGGCGGGAUUGAGAGAGUACGCGUCGUUAGUGCUCGAUAAAUUGGAUCCAGAGCGGCGCGUGAUAUCGCGAAGCUUUUACAGAGACGCGUGUAGCGAAAUUGAUGGGAGGUUAGUGAAGGAUUUAGGGUUUGUGAUGAGAGAUUUGAGGCGCGUGGUGAUUGUUGAUGAUAAUCCGAACUCGUACGCGCUUCAACCGGAGAAUGCGUUUCCGAUUAAACCGUUUUCGGAUGAUUUGGAAGAUGUUGAGUUGAAGAAACUUGGUGAGUUUUUUGAUGGUGAUUGUGUUAAGUUUGAAGAUAUGAGAGUUGCUUUGAAGGAGUUUGUUGGAAGAGAUGAAUGAUUUUUGGUUUAGUUUGUAUUAAGAGGAUUUGAUUAAGAAGAUAAUGAACAAUAGCUUUGUUUGUUCAAUUAGUCUUUGUGUAAAACAUCCUCGUGAAAAGCAAUUUGUUAAUUUGUUUGAUUAGUGUUUUCUUUGUGACUGAAUUAAAAGGUUUUUAUGAA